AUGGAUUUAGAGACUGCGUUGCAGGAUAGUGCCAAAGCGCUUGACCUCUUCCUCAACAACCGGUUCUCUGACGCCUUGGAUCUCCUCAGACCCUGGAGGAGCCAGAGUAUGUACCACGCUGUGGGCUACAGCAGCAUGCUGGCCAUGCAGGCAGGCAUGACCUUUGAACCCAAGGAUGUUGAAAAGGCCAUGACUGCUCUGAAGGAGUCUCUGCAGACGUGCCAGAUGUUCCGGAAGAAGACUACCAUGGUGGAGGCCAUCACUGAAAUGUUUUACAAGCAGCCAGCUGACGACUUAACUGAAGAGGAGAUGCAUGCGGAGUUGUGCUAUGCUGAGGCGCUAUUGCAGAAGGCUACACUCACUUUUCUGGACGAGAGCAUGAUCAGCUUCAUCAAAGGAGGCAUCAAGAUCCGCAACAGCUUUCUGAUCUACAAGGAAUGUGAUGAUAUGUCAACCAUGGCAAAGAACCAGUCUGACCAGAUGAGCACACAAGCUCACUUCAGGAGUGGUGUGAACAUGGGCAUUGGUUCAUUUAACUUGUAUUUGUCUCUCUUGCCGAGCAAGGUCCUCAGACUACUGGAGUGGAUGGGUUUCUCUGGAGACCGGGAAGUGGGUCUGUCCAAGCUGAGGGAGGGGGCAGCCAGCAACAGCCUGCGCUCCAUCCUCAGCACUCUGUGCCUCCUGAUGUACCACCUCUACAUCAGCGUCAUACUGGGUACUGGUGAGCCGAACCUGGUAGAGUCUGAUGUUCUUCUGGAGCCCUACAUUGAAAAGUUCCCCAAUGGGGCCCUCAUUCUCUUCUACCAGGCCAGGAUUGCUGUGCUCAAGGGUAACUUUGAAUUUGCCCAGAAGAAGUUCCUGGAGUGCAUAGCGGCGCAGCAGGAGUGGCGUCAGAUCCACCAUCUGUGUUACUGGGAGCUGAUGUGGUCCUACUCCUUCCAGCAGGACUGGCUGGAGGCCUACCAGUAUGCAGACCUUCUCUGCAAAGAGAGCAAGUGGUCCCAGGCUAUGUACGUGUUCCAGAAAGCUUCCAUCCUCAGCAUGAUGCCAGAGGAGGAGGUGAAGAAAACUGGGGAGAAUGUGGAACAGUUGUUCAGGCAAGUGGAGAGCCUGCGGCUGCGGAUUGCAGGGAAGUCUAUCCCAACGGAGAAGUUCGCCGCGAAGAAGGCUCAGCGGUACAGCGCCGCAACCCCAGUGACGCUGGUGAUUCCUGCCGUGGAAAUGAUAUACGUUUGGAAUGGCUUCACCAUCGUUGGCAAAAGGCCUGAACUGACAGAGAGCAUUCUGGUCACUAUCGAGAAAGCAGAGGAGCAACUGAAGAAUGACCCAAAUCCAUCAGAGUACCACGUGGAUGACCAGUGCAUGGUCCAGAUGCUGAAGGGGCUGUGUCUGAGACACCUGGGCCGUCUCGACCAGGCCCAACUCUGCUUCACACACGUCAUCUCCAGUGAAAACAGGAUCAAGCAUGACUGCUACCUAGUGCCAUACAGCAUGUAUGAACUGGGUCUUCUCUACAAGCAGCAAGGAGACUUGGGGAAGGCUACCACCACCAUAGAAAAUGCCAAGCUGAACUACAAGGGUUAUAGCAUGGAGUCGAGGCUACACUUCCGUAUCCAUGCUGCCCUUAACACAAUGGGGACCUCGGUGGCCAAACUUCCACCCCACCGCACGUCAGCUUGAGGACUGUAAAAGGUUGCGUCAAUC